UAUUCAACCUCUGUUUCCCAGAGUCAUGCCAAGUACAAGUUCUGGGUCUCCUCUCCCAAUUACUGAAAAAGCCAGAGAGAGUCCACUCAACAACGCCAUUCAAAGACACUGCGUGUUGACCUCGUCAUCUUUUCCGUAUUCACCAAACCCACUUCUUCUUCUUCUUCUUCUUCUAGCUUUUCUUGCAGGACUUUACUGCUUCCAUGUAGUAUGGUGCUAAGAUCCCUUUUGCACUAGGGUGUUGGCGCAACAGCAGGGAUUAAGUGGCUCAAAGUAAUAUGGAGAAUACUCUCAGGGAGAUAAUACGUGUGCUUGAACCCUUGCCCACGGAUCGAGAAACACGAUGCCAAAUUCUUCGGGAGUUACAAGGAGCUGUUGAGUCUGUAGAAAGCUUAAGAGGUGCAACUGUGGAGCCAUUUGGAUCAUUUGUCUCAGAACUCUUUACUCGCUGGGGAGACUUGGAUGUUUCAAUUGAGUUCUCAAAAGGCGCAUAUAUUUCUUCUUAUGGAAGAAAGCACACACAAGAUGUACUAAAAGAUUUAAUGAAGGCUAUGAGACAGAGAGGUGGAUGGAACAGGUAUCAGUUCAUACCUAAUGCAAGAGUUCCCAUUCUGAUGGUCAAAAGUAAUCUUGGAAACAUCUCCUGUGAUAUUUCAGUCAAUAACCUGAAAGGCCAAAUGAAAUCAAAACUCUUUUUAUGGAUGAAUGAUAUAGAUCCACGCUUUCGUGAUAUGGUUUUACUGGUGAAGGAAUGGGCAAAAGCACACAAUAUCAAUAAUUCAAAAUCUGGGACUUUCAAUUCAUACUCUCUGAGUUUGCUCGUGAUCUUCCAUUUUCAGACAUGUACACCUGCAAUUCUGCCUCCUCUUCAAGACAUAUAUACAGAAACUCUCACGGAUGAUCUUAAAGGCUUGAGGGAUGAUGCAGAAAGACGUAUUGAAAAAAGUUGUGUUGAGAACAUGAGAAGAUUUAAACUAAACAAAUUGAGAGCUCGGAAUAAAAGUUCUUUGUUUGAGCUUUUUAUUUCAUUCCUUGGGAAGUUCUCUGACCUUGGUUCGAAGGCUGCGGAGUUGGGAAUUUGCACAUAUUCUGGAAAAUGGGAAAGAAUUGAAAGCAAUAUGGGAUGGUUGCCCAAAACCUAUUGUAUAUUGGUUGAAGAUCCUUUUGAUCGGCCAGAAAAUACUGCAAGAGGUGUCAGCCAAAAAGCAUUGAAAAGGAUCUCUGAAGUUUUUGAGAUGAGUCGUGACAGGCUAAUCGCAGCUCGUUACAAUGCCUCCUUAGCCAUUGAGAGUUCCCUUCUUGCCACACUAGUCCGACCACAUACGCUACAUCUUAUUAGCAACCCAGGUUACAAUAUUAAGCACCACCAAACAACUCAUCCACAAUAUCUCAGGGCUGAGAGCUCACAUUCACGAACCCCAAGACAUUAUAACGGUCCCCGGAAACCAAAUGGUAAGGUACGAGAGUUGGUGCCCCCAAGGGAUUAUAAUGGCCCCCCAAAACCAAGUGGUCCUUCUGGACGGGAGUUGGUAGACUCAUCCCCACAAGUACAUCAACAACUACGAAAGAUGGUGCACUCAUCCUCACAAGUACAGCCACAAAUACAGAAGCUGGUGCAGUCACCGUCACAAGUACAACCGCAUAUACGAAAGUCUGUGCCCUCAACCUCACGAGUACAAUCACCACUUCAGAAAGUGAAGACAGAGAAGGCACCAAUGCUACAGGCGUAUCAGGAAUGGAGACCAAAGAAACCAGGAAUGCAGACCAUCUGAUAGAUAGUUGUGAUGUGACUUCUGGUGUUAAAUCAAGUUUCACUGCGUGGUUUUGAUUGAGAAGGUCAAAAUGUAGAGAACCUUUCCAGUUUGCCAUGUGUAUUGGUUAUCAUUUUUGGGGAGUGAAGGUUUUGUCAAAAUGAUUUCAAUGUUUUGGUCAUUCUCCUCCACAGAUGAUGCCAUUUAUUUAAACUUUAAAGUAAUCAAUUACCCUUUUCAGGGAGAAGUUUCCAUUUCAA